AUGAGGAGGGAAUUUACAACUUAUGAAGGAACACUCAGUAGUGAAACUCUCACCCCUCUUCUUCCCCUCACCUUUCAUUCUCCAAAUCUCCUCUCUGAUAUCUGCCUCUGCGUUCGCAGAUAUCGGUCUCACCCCUCUUCCUCCCCUCACCUCUCAUUCUCCAUAUCUUCUCUCAGAUUUGUCUUCGCGUUCGCUGCUUCUAUGACUGCUGCCUUCGUGUUCGCUGCCUUCACGUUUGCUGUAACUGGAUUCAAGACGAUGACAAUUUCAUUUGUAGGCUUGUUGUCAAUAGAUGUUAAGUUAUCUUCGAAGCAACGCUUGAUGGUGAACCCUAAAUGCUUCUUGGACAUUAGCAUCGCCGGAGAGUUAGAGGGAAGAAUUGUCAUUGAACUAUUCCAUGACAUCGUUCCCAAAACUGCAGAAAAUUUCAGAGCUCUCUGCACCGGUGAAAAGGGCAUUGCUCCCAACACUAAUGUCCCCCUUCAUUAUAAGGGCGUGUGUUUCCACCGUGUGAUCAAAGGGUUCAUGAUCCAAGGAGGCGACAUCUCCGCUGGCGAUGGUACCGGAGGGGAGUCCAUCUACGGCCUGAAGUUCGAGGACGAGAACUUGGAGCUGAAGCACGAGAGGAAGGGUAUGCUUUCCAUGUUCAAUGCGAGACCCAACACCAAUAGCUCUCAGUUCUUCAUCACCACCACGCGCACCCCUAACUUGGAUGGUAAACACGUCGUUUUCGGAAGAGUUGUUAAAGGAAUGGGCGUCGUUCGCUCCGUCGAACACGUUGUUACUGACGAAAACAACCGUCCCACUCAGGACGUCGUAAUCGUCGAUUGUGGUGAAAUUUCUGAAGGGCAAGAUGAUGGAGUCGUUAACUUCUUUAAGGAUGGUGACACUUAUCCCGAUUGGCCUGCUGAUCUUGAUGUCAAACCUGAUGAACUUUCUUGGUGGAUGAGUUCUGUGGAUUCAAUCAAGGCUCUGGGGAAUGAGCAGUACAAGAAGCAAGAUUAUAAGAUGGCUCUGAGAAAGUAUCGCAAAGCGUUGCGCUAUUUGGAUGUGUGUUGGGAGAAGGACGACAUUGACCAAGAGAACAGUGCCGCCUUAAGGAAGACAAAAUCUCAAAUCUUUACCAAUAGCUCUGCUUGUAAAUUGAAAUUAGGUGAUCUACGAGGAGCGUUACUGGAUUCAGACUUUGCAAUGCACGACGGAGAUAAUGCUAAAGCUCUGUUUCGCAAAGGCCAGGCAUAUAUGUUACUCAAUGACCUGGAUGCUGCUGUUGAAAGCUUCAAGAAAGCAUUAGAGUUAGAGCCUAAUGAUGGAGGGAUUAAAAAGGAGUAUGCCACUGCCCGGAAGAAGGUUGCCGAUAGACGUGAUAGAGAGAAAAAAGCUUAUUCUAGAAUGUUCAAAUAG